AUGACGGAUUUGAGCUUGAUGUCUUAUUUCCUUCGCAUCGUAGUUCUUCAAAAAGAUGAUGGAAUUUUCAUUUCUCAAAGAAAAUAUGCAAAUGAUAUUUUGAAGAAAUUUCAGAUAGAACAUUCAAAGCCAGUUUCUACUCCAGUUAAAGAGAAGCUCAAGUUGCUGAGAGAAGAUAAAGGAAGAGCAGUAAAUCUUACAUAUUACAAAAACUUGAUUGGAAGUUUGAGGUACUUAACUGCAAUCAGACCAGAUAUUGUGUUUGGAGUUGAUUUGCUUAGCAGAUUUAUGGAGGAGUCUUGUACCAACCAUUUGCAAGCGGCAAAACGAAUUCUUCGAUAUAUCAAAGGUACUUUAAAUGAUGAUAUUUAUUAUGAAAAUACUAAUGAAGUGAACCUUAUCGAUCACACUGAUAGUGAAUGGGUUGGAGAUAUAAAAACAAGAAAAAGUACUUCGGGAUUUGCAUUUCAUAUUGGUUCUGGUGCAAUUUCAUGGUCAUCAAAGAAACAACCAGUAGUAGCAUUUUCUACAGCAGAAGCAGAAUAUAUAGCAGCAGCAAGUUGUGCAACGCAAGCAGUUUGGCUAAGAAGAAUUCUUGAGGAAUUGAAUGAGAAACAAAGUACUCUAACAGCAAUAUUUUGCGAAACAAGUCAGCUAUUGUACUUUACAAAAAUCCAGUAUUCUAUGGAAGAUCGAAGCAUAUUGAUAUUCGAGUUUAUAAAAUAA